AUGGAAGUGAAGCCCCAAGGUGACCAGGCCACGGAGGGCGGCGACGAUGGGGGAGCCCUACGGCAUUCUCUUCCGAGGUGCUCCGCCGGAGACGUCGACAGCAGUUGCUCUACGCCGUACGCGAGCGCGCCAUCCAGCCCCGGCCGCUGCGGCGGCGGCGGCGGCGCCCCCAGCGGCUAUUUCCACAGUGCGCCGGCGAGUCCCAUGCACUUCGUUCUCUCCUCUUCCCCGUACACCUGCGCCGGCGCGGCCGAGGACCCCCUCAGCGCCGCCGGCGCCGACUGUUUCGCGGCGGGGUCCUUUGAGUUCGAGUUCUCCGCCCGGUUCUCUGGCACGGGGGCUGGGAGUUCGUCGGUGGGGUCGAUGAUCUCUGCAGAUGAGCUGUUCCUCAAUGGCCAGAUCCGGCCGAUGAACCUCUCAUCUCACCUUCAGCGGCCUCAGAUGCUCUCCCCGCUGCUGGAUCUGGAGGCCGAAGAAGAUGAGGAAGAGCAGCCUGCCGUCAGAGGACGGGAUCUUACUAUGCGGAGCGGAUCUAUGCGCCGGAGGGCUAGAUCCAUGUCGCCGCUGCGGACUCAGUGGCGCCAUGAUGACGAAGAAGGGGGGAGGAACACCGCGCGAAGCGGCGCAGGCAAGGGCCAGGAUCCGGAUCUGGACGCCGACUCAGACGUGAAUGCGGCGGCGAUGGCGGCCGCCACGCCGGCGUCGGCGUCGUCGUCUCGGUCAUCGUCAACCUCGUCGAGUAGGAACUCGAAGAGGUGGGUCUUCCUCAAGGACUUCCUCUACCGCAGUAAGAGUGAAGGGAGAGGGAAUACCAAGGACAAGUUCUGGAAUGCCCUCUCCUUCUCCCCCUCGAAGGAGAAGAGCUCCUCACUCCGGGACAGGUUCAAGGAGUCCCUCAAGCCCUCCCAUCCUAAUGCCGCUUCCUCAUCGUCUUCCGCCGCCGUAGACGCAGCCGUCCCUCCCGCAGUGGAGUCCCAGAAGGGGAAAGAGAAGAUGGCGCCGGCGCUGGCUUCUGCUUCCAAGAAGCCAGCAUCGUCGGCAUCUUCACGGCCGGUGAACGCCGUAGGGAAGCGGAGGGGAUCGUCCCAGUCUGCGCACGAGCGGCACUACACCGCCAACCGGGCGCAGGCCGAGGAGAUGAGGAAGAAGACAUUCCUACCCUACCGGCAGGGACUACUAGGUUGCCUCUGGUUCAGCUCCAGGAGCUAUGGCGCCAUGAACGGACUGGCCAGGGCGCUGAACUCCGUGACCUCCAGGUGA